AUUUCUCCUACGAUAAUUUAAACGUAUAAAUGUGUCAAUGGAACUAGAACAAUCAUUCUGACUUCUAUUGCCGAAGAAAGAACAUUCAAAAUGUCUUGCUACGCAGUACUAGUGUUGUGCGCCGUGGCUUUCCUGGUCCAGGCUGUGCUUAGCCAGCAGUGCGGUUGCAACCAAAUCUCUUACGGCAAGUCCGGAGUCAUUCUCAACGGGAUCAGAUCGAGCUCGUCCAGCAGCUCCAGCAAGAGCGGGUCCAGCUACGCCUCCUCCGCGUCGUACGGCGGCUCGGGCACCGGGCAGGUCGGCGUGUCCGGCGACAUCGACGCGUGCGGCACCACCGCCGUCGCCGGCUCCGUGCCCGUGCUCGGCUCGGUCAAGUUCGGCGGCAAAGUGCCCGCGUCCGGCGCCGUGUCCAUUUCCGGACAGUGCGGAUGCGGAUGCAAAGCUUAACCCUUCGCUUGGCAAAUAAUAACAGCGGGACAUAUA